ACCCCUGGGCCGGUGUUAGGUUCGCCGGAACCUCGCUCUCCUGACUUCUGCUUCCGGGUCGGAGCCAUGGCGGUGGCAAAUUCAAGCCCUGUCAACCCUGUGGUGUUCUUUGAUGUCAGCAUUGGCGGCCAGGAAGUUGGCCGUAUGAAGAUCGAGCUCUUCGCAGACGUUGUGCCUAAAACAGCCGAGAACUUUAGGCAGUUCUGCACUGGAGAAUUCAGGAAAGAUGGGGUUCCUAUAGGAUACAAAGGAAGCACUUUCCACAGGGUCAUAAAGGAUUUCAUGAUUCAGGGUGGAGAUUUUGUUAAUGGAGAUGGUACUGGAGUCGCCAGUAUAUACCGGGGACCAUUUGCAGAUGAAAACUUUAAACUUAGACACUCAGCUCCAGGCCUGCUUUCUAUGGCAAACAGUGGUCCCAGUACAAAUGGCUGCCAGUUCUUCAUCACCUGCUCUAAGUGUGAUUGGCUGGAUGGGAAGCACGUAGUGUUUGGGAAAAUUAUUGAUGGACUUCUAGUGAUGAGAAAGAUUGAGAAUGUUCCCACGGGGCCCAACAAUAAGCCCAAGCUGCCUGUGGUGAUCUCACAGUGUGGGGAGAUGUAGUCCCGAGCAAGACUGAAUCAGAGAGAGGGGAAGAGGAGGAGAAGGAGAGGGGGAGAAACAUCGAUGUGCAGACGUGCGAGAGAAACAUCGAAAUAUCAAUUGGUUGCAUCUCACAUGCCCCCACUCAGGGUCCUGGCCUGCAACCCAGGCAUGCGCUCUGACUGGGAAUCAAACUGGUGACCCUUCAGUUCACAGGCCAGUGAUGAAUCCACUGAGCCACACCAGCCAGGGCUGUUUUUCCUUUUUCUUAAUGAUAUGAAUAGUUAUGCAUUCUGAGUCUUAGUUCUUUGUAAGUUAUGACUAUUUUCUCCAAAAGUCUUAAUUCUUUAUAUGUUGUGACUAUUUUGUCCAGGAUGUAGUUUAAGAAAAAUUUGGCAGUGUGUUGCUUAUCUGAACUUUGCUUAUAUUCUUUGUUGAACAGAAGUUCUAAAUUUUGACAAGGUAAAAAUACCAGUCUUUCCCUUAUGGCUUUUGUGAUUUAUCUUGUGUAAGAAAGUCCUUACUACCUCAGAUCGUAGUCUUCUAUAUUCUUGCUAAUAUUUCUUUAGUUGUAUUUGUAUACUUACAAAAUUAUCUUAGAAUGUAUUUUUCUCAAUUUUGCCUUUUUUCCCAAAUGGAUUUCCAGUCAAAUUUCAGACUACUUUAAUGACUGUUUGUACCUCUAUCUGUGACUUAUUUUGUGUUCACAGCAUCUGGCCCUUAUAGGCAUUCAGUAAAAUUUUGUUGCAC